AGGGGUACGGCUCUUUGGACAUCAAGUGGAUGAUCCUAUUAGGGACCGCGGCACAUGCUCAGUUAUGUCUACAGAGAAAGGAACUUUGAAGGCUGCGUGUGGGGGCUGAGGUCAUUGCACAGCUUAGUGGUAGGAAAAAAAUCGACUCCUCGUAGCCUCCAUUUUGAGUAGUAGCUAUGAAAUAGAGGAAUUGCAUAGUUUGUAUCGACCACUACGCUGGCAGUGUCAACAUAAAAACGACACAAGCCUCCGACAUGGACGACUUGUUCAGUCCGAGAAGGAGCCUGAACAGCACGCAGGGGGAGAUCAGAGUGGGAUCAAGUCAUCAGGCCAAGCUCCCUGAGCUGCAACCACGCCCUGUGUUUGGUGUGCAGACUCAGACAGAGAAUGAAGAGUUGGUGUGGAUGCCAGGGGUCAAUGAUUGUGACCUCCUCAUGUACCUCAGAGCUGCCAGGAGCAUGGCAGCGUUUGCAGGAAUGUGUGAUGGAGGAUCCACAGAGGAUGGUUGUUUGGCGGCCUCUCGUGACGAUACCACACUCAACGCUUUAAACAUGUUACACGCCAGCCGCUAUGACGCGGCUAAAGCUCUGCAGCGCCUAGUGAAGAAACCUGUGCCCAAACUUAUUGAGAAAUGUUGGUCAGAAGAUGACGUGAAGCGGUUUAUCAAAGGUUUGAGACAGUACGGUAAACAUUUCUUCAGGAUUCGCAAAGAGCUGCUGCCCAACAAGAAAACGGGUGAGUUGAUCACAUUCUACUACCACUGGAAAAAGACGCCCGAGGCUGCAGGCACCCGGCCCUACCGUCAGCACCGUAGACAGCCAUCCUCACGCAAGGCCAAGACUCGCGCUGCCCUUGCCACUGUGAAUACCCCCUCCCAGGCCCAAUCAUUGGACGUGAGUUCGGCCAGUGAGGACGAUCUGGACAGUGAAGACAGCGAGCAGGGCACCUGUGGACACUGUGCUACUACCACCUCUAAGGACUGGCAGCACGGCGGCAGAGAUAACAUCCUCUUGUGUACCACCUGUCGGACCUUCUACAACAAACAUGGCCGCCUGCCGCCCGGCCCCAAACCUGCUGACCCUCCCUUCAUGUUCAAACCUGUCAAAGAGGAAGAGGAGGGCAACGGGAAGCACGGCAUGAGGACGCGACGCAGCAGAGCACCGUUGUCUUCACUAAGAAGUGGCCACAAGAGGCGGACCGGCUCUCCUACCAGUGAAGACCAGCAGUCCAGUAGCCAUCCGUCUCCUGCACCCAGUGGAGCUAGCUCCACCUCCAACACAUCCAGAAGCUCCUGCUCAGACAAGACUGACUCCACAAAGAAGCCUGGCAAGAAGAUCAAGGAAGAGGUGCCCCUACCAAAGAGUACUAAACGUUCCAGGGAGAGUGCAGCCCAGGACCCAGAGGAGCCUGAGAGAACAGCAACUAAAAGAACGAAAACACAGCAGGGUGAACAGGUGGAGUGCCGGUCAGAGGGCGAUGGAGAGGCAGAGGGGGGAGAGGUGGAGGAGGAGUGCUGCUCAGACAGCCGCAGUGCCCAGGACGACGGCAGCAGCGACACCAAAGACAUCGACCAGGACAACCGCUCCUCCUCCCCCAGCAUCCCCAGCCCUCACCAGGGCAACGAGGGCAACGAGAGUGACUCCGACUCCUCUGCCCAGCAGCCCCAGGGUGCCCACCAGGYGGCAGCAGAGACCAUCAGUGCCCCUGCAGCUGCUGCCCUGGCUGUAACACAGACCGCACCGACUGUUCCUCCAGCGCAGGCUGCAGUCUCGACCACAUUCCUGCCCCCCCAGGGCACCUCUCCCUCUGCAGAGCCUGGCCAGGUACAGGCCCAGGCACCCCCCUCCCCAGAGCCCCCCCAGCCUGCUCAGGCUGGUCAGUCAGCUGGCUAUGAGUCAGGCCCACCACACAGCCAACCCCCACCCCCCUCCUCUCACCCCAUCUCUGGCCCAUCACCCCUCCCUCCACCACUGGGACAGGCCCUUCAUCCUCCAUCUCCUGUGUUCCAGGGUCCUCUUCCUCCACCUGGAUCUCUUCCUCCCACCCUGCCCCUCCAUGGUGCUCCCACCCAGGGCCCCCGCUCCCAGCGACCCCCUCCUCACAUAGCCAGGGAACCUCCUUUCUCCCAGGCGAUCCCCCUUACAUCUGGUCCCCAAAUCAAACCACCCCCAACCACACCCAUCCCACCAUCGCACAAGCAGCAGCCACCGCACCUCUCCUCUGCUCCCCCUUUCCCCCAGAUGCCAUCCAACCUGCCCCCACCGCCAGCACUGAAGCCCCUCAACUCCCUGCCCAACCAGCACCCUCCCGGUGCCCCUCCACCCCCCCUCCAGCUCAUGCCCCAGUCCCUGCCCAUGCAGCAGGGACUCCCACCCCAGCCUCCYGUGCUCACUCAGCUGCAGAACCUCCCUGGCAGAGGCAGUCACUCCCACUCCACCCUGCCCUCCUCUGGCCCCUCGGCCUUGCACCCUGUCCCCUCUGCCUCUGCUCCCUCUACCAUGGGUCCAGUCCCUGGUCUCCAGCCCKCCUUCUCCUCCAUGCCCCUGCGCCCCUCGYCCGGAAACCCCAUUGGCAUGGGAGGGUCACAUGUCCAGAUUAAAGAAGAGCCAUUGGAUGAGUGUGAGCCWGAGAGYCCGCCCCCUCCACCCAGAAGUCCCUCGCCAGAACCUUCGGUUGUCGACAUCGCCAGCCACGCUAGCCAAUCAGCACGGUUUAUCAAACACCUGRACCGUGGCUACAACUCGUGUUCCAGAACAGACCUGUUCUUCACCCCUCUGGCCUCAUCCAAGCUGGCCAAGAAGAGAGAGGAGGCUGUGGAGAGAUCCAAGAGAGAGGCUGAACACAACGCCCGAGAGAGGGAGAGGGAGAAGGACAGGGAGAGAGAGCGGGAGAGGGAACGAGAGAGGCAGGAAGAGAAAAAUGCUAGAGCGUCCAGCUCGUCCCACGACAGCCGUAUGAGUGAUGUCCAGAUGAUCGGCCAGGUCCACAUGCGUUCCUCCUUCGAGCAGCCCCCCACCAGCGUGGCGGCCGUCCCCCCUUACAUCGGCCCCGACACCCCGGCCCUGCGCACCCUUAGUGAGUACGCCCGACCCCACGUCAUGUCCCCCACCAACCGCAACCACCCCUUCUUCGUGUCCCUGUCCCCCGGGGACCCCCUGCUGGCCUACCACAUGCCCGGCCUUUACGCCGCCGACCCCAGCAUGCGAGAGAGGGAGCUCCGCAACCUCCGAGAGAGGGAGCUCCGCGAGAGGAUGAAGCCCGGCUUUGAGGUCAAACCCCCGGAGAUGGAGACCAUGCAUCCAUCAGCCAACCCCAUGGAGCACUUUGCCCGACAUGGAGCCCUGGCCCUGCCUCACAUCGCUGGGCCGCCCCACCACCCCUUUGGCCACUUCCAUCCGGCCAUGCAGAACCACCUGGAGAGGGAGAGACAGGUGCUGGCCCUGGCCGGGCCCCAGAUGCGUCCGGAGCUGAGCUACGCUGAGCGGCUGACUGCCGAGAGGCUCCACGCAGAGAGGAUGGCGUCUGUGGCGAACGACCCGGCCGCCAGGCUGCAGAUGCUGAAUGUGACGCCGCAUCACCACCAGCACUCCCACAUCCACUCACACCUGCACCUGCACCAGCAGGACCCACUCAACCAAGGUGAGGAUGAUGUGUGUUACUGUCACCCAGGUAAUGGCCCCCACCCUCUGGAUCCCCUGGCUCCAGGGCCCCGCCUGGCCCGCUUCCCCUUCCCCGGAGGCCCCAUCCCCAACCCUCUGCUCAACGACCUGCCCCAUGACCAUGACAUGCUGCGACACCCACUGUUUGCCUAUGCCGCUGUUGCAGGAGCAGGGUACCCCCGUGAGCUUCAGGGCCCCAUYCCACAGAUGUCUGCAGCCCACCAGCUCCAGGCCAUGCACGCCCAGUCGGCAGAGCUGCAGAGGCUGGCCAUGGAGCAGCAGUGGCUGCAUGGACACCACCACCUACAACAUGGGGGGCCUCUGCCCGGGCAGGAGGAUUACUACAGGUGAGCCGCCUGAAGAAAGAAGGUGACAAGCCAUCUUGAGACACCUUAUGGUGUGAGUCACCAUGAAAAUACAUAGAGAUAGCAAUGCUGUGUACUUUUGACAUACAUUAUGCGACAACUAAUCUUAGUGUAUCSUUUUCUAUAAGUCUAAAUGUAAUUGAGAAUUAACAAUCUUUGGAUCUGUAUGCUUGUUUCCUGCUCAGCACUUAAAGGGAUAGUUUACCCCCAAAUCAUCCAAGUUUGUGAGACUUUUUCAUAUUUCAAUAAUGGUCUGGUUAUAAAAAUAGAAGAUUAGCGUAGUCUCUAUUCCAUGCCAUUUGUUGUCUACCACUUAAUAUGGAKUUUGUCAUUUCUACAGUUCUCCUAAUGCAAUAUAUAGCGAGUGCRGAAUAUGGCUCACCUUUUUGGGAGUUAUGAAAACAUCUGACAAACUCUGAUUUGGGGGGGUGAACUAUCAUUUUAAUUUCUAAACAAUCUGAAUGAUCUCCUUGUACAGAAUGACAUUUAAUAUUAGAUGUUUGRAUGAUUGACUGUAAUAACCUUGCAUGACUGUUUCCCUUUCGAUUUUCAUCAGAACUUAAGAGUAGCGUUGUUCAUUUGUGUUUAGACAACUAAAAAGCAUAGUAGAUKAAUUUUAUUCUAUAUCUGCUAAAUAUUUGUCUAAACCCUAAAGUUUUAUAUAUUUCAAGAUAAGUUUUCACAAUUUAACCUAAGCUCUGACACACACAGUACAUUUUUGAGAUUGUAAAUAAUAUAUGUUCAAUAUUCUAUAUUAAUAACUAUGAUUAUUAUUAAUAUGAGGUGUGAAUUCUUGACUUGCAAGCUGGCACAAUAAAGUUAAAUUAUUUAGAUAUACACACAGUAUAUAUAGCGCUAUAAAGUAAAGUGGGUUAGCACAGAAAAUUAUAAAUUGGAGUAUCACUAUUGUCACCCCUGACAGAAAACGGUGUUUAGAACAGUGGAUCCGGAUAGUAAUAUUGUGUUGGUUAGACGAAACAGAAAAAGCAUUAUAACCUUGGCAUCCCUACCAUGGACAAAUCCUGUUUUAAUAUUUAUGUGAAAUAAUAAUAAUAUGGAAAAACAAAAUGUAUGCAUUGCAUAUUUAUAUGAAUAAAUAAUUCUGCAAUAACAUGAUAA